AUGACUGCUCUGAAGGAGUUAACCUUAACAUCUGUUCCAAACCUGGAAUCCUUGCCUGACUGCUUUUUCCCUUGCUUCAUCGGUUGCCUAUUUACUGCGGGAAGCGGUGUGAGAAGGAAACGAGGGAGAGGAUUGGCCAAAAAUAGCUCACAUUCCCCAUAUUUUUUGUGCCAAGGAGUUAAGGUCAAUAUUGUGUUUGCUGUAGAGGACCUUCAUGUUGUAGAAUUGUCCUCUUCUCAUGAGCCAUCAGAACCUACUGGAGCUAAUAAGGAUAUUGGAACUAGCGAACUUACUCCAGAAGUUAGUUCCAAUCUAGAACAUCUUGACAGAAUCGAAUUAGAUUCUGAAGUUGGUAAAGAUACUGCUCCUGCCGCUAAAACUGGAGAAAAAAAGAAGAAAAAUGAUGACCAAAGCCACAGUGGAUCCUCUCCAACAAAAAGUAAUGUUGAUCUUGGCAAACAUAAUGUCGAAAAAGAGAUGACUAUGGAUGAAGUUAACUCUACAGAUCAGACUCUAGGAGGGAACGAGGAAAAUGAGAACUCCGCAAAGGAAGAUGACAAAGCAGAAAAUGACCAAGAGGAAGAGGCAAAGAACAAAAUGAAGAGCUCGAAAAAGAAGAAAGGGAAAGGAAUGAGAGAAAAACAAAUGAUCCUACAACAGCUGAUGUUCCUACUCAAGAAAAGGGAGUUUCGACUAAGGAAACAAGGACCAUCAAACCUGCCAGCAACAUUGAUUUUGAGAAAGCUGUUAAGAACUCCAGAAAAAUGGCUUUUGAGGAAUGUUUUGAAGUUUCUCUCUCAAAGCCUGAAUACAAGACGAAGAUUAACAAGGCUGUAGAAGCAUUCAGCAAGUCUUAAAACCUUGUCAGCGAAGAACUUCACGAAGAAAUGAAGGCAUUCCUUGAGAUUUUUUAACAAUGCUUAUGAAGAAAUCAAAGCCUCCGCAAAAGAAGAUAGGGAGAAAUUGGCGACUGCCAGAAAUGAAUGCAAAAAGUUGAAAGAGUUGGUCAUUCAGUAUGAAGCUCCUCUAACCCAAGCAGAAAAAUCUAAAGAGGAGUUAGAAAACAACUUGGAGAUAUUCCAUCUGCGAAGGAAUCAAAUAUAAAACAACAACAAUAAUUCUAUUUUUCUUCUGCCAAAUAUGUUGCAGUUGCAGGUAUCUUCAAGUGUCGUCGUCAGGCCUAACAUAACUGAUGUUAACCAUAUCAAUAUAUUUACAAAGAGAUUGCCGCGCAUUUUCUAGAAUCGGUUCAUAUAUAGCCACUGUUAGGUAGACUAUGUAGAAUGUCUUUAAAAAAAACAAAGUGGACGAUGAUUUUUUAGAAGUGCAAACAUUUUUUUUGUGUGUCA